AUGGCGGCAGGUGAAGGUAGCUCUCAGGGAAGGCAAACAUGGGACUGUUGUGCACGCCAACUUCUUGAAAACAGUCGUAAUGUGCUCGUUUCUCAUGCGCAUGUAUCAGUGAAAAGCUGUGUUACGAGUGAGCUUCUGUACUCAAACGAAAAAUAUCCUCCAAGAUGCUGCGAAACAUUCGACGGGAACAGGAUUGCUGACUUCAACUGGAGAUAGCCAUCUAAGCGAGGUGGUCGUUUUCGAACAUGUUACUUUGUUUCAAAGGAAUCCUACUUCAAAUGACCUCCAAAUUAAGGAAUCAAGAGCAAGCCAAGAUGUCGUUUGUUCCAUUUUUCGUUUUCAAUAUAUCAGACUGGAGAAGACCAAUCGAGCUCUGAUCACUAAAAUGCAGAUUACGAGGCUCAGGCUAUCGAAUAUAUACAUUCUUGUCGCC